AUGUCACAGAGGCAAAAAUCCAAAGCUGCAAAAUUGGAAAGAGCAUCCUUUUUCCUGGCUAGGACCUCUGCAUUGAAAGCGCGGGAAGGCCGGAGCCCUUCUAAAGAUGGUGACGAGACCUGCUCCAAAGAAGGGUCACUUUCUCCCCCAGCUUCUCCAGGCUCAGUGCCAGAUGAGAGACCCCUAACAGCAGCAACCAUGCGCCAGAUGAUGGCAGAAUUGUCAGAAAGUAUGCAGGCUAAUCUGAAAACUCAGAUACACACGCUGACCGCAGACCAAGGAAAUCCACAACAUGGGUCAACGUAUAUCCCACGUGGAAAGAAAAAUGGAUGAGUUUGCCAAGGCCCAAAAUAGCCUGGCAGACAAACUCCAGAAGACUGAUACUCUACUUAAUGACCACAGGCUGACAUCGAGGAUAAGGCUAGAAGGAAUAACCAACGCAACCGAGGUAUACCCGAGACAAUUCUGGCUCCAGCCCUCAACGAUUACCUAUUGGAUAUGUUCCAAGCACUAACGCCGGAGAUCCACCCAGACCAACUACUUAUUGACAGGUCCCACAGGUUCCGACGGCCUAAACACUGGCAAAGCUCCACUGCCAGGGACAUUAUCGUGGGAGUACACUUCUUUCACGCAAAGGAGAAGCUAGUGCGAUAUGCCAGAACCGUACAACGCUAUUAA